AUGAAGUUGCCUCAACUGUUUGCGCUCGGGUGCUGCUCGAUCAUCGUGGUCCUGUCAGAGAGCACGGAAUCGGGCCAGCAAGAGCUGCUGGCACGGGCAUCGGCGCAAUUGGAACGACUGGCGCCGUACAGGAGGUCCUCGUCGUCGGUUCAAGGGUCGUCCGACGAGCAGUGGCAAUUUCUCGAGGGCGCGGCAAAGGAUCCCGGGACGGUGCUCGAGGAUCGACAAAUGGCCUUCGAGAUCUAUCAGAUCCUGCCCGAGAACUUGCAGAAGGACAUCGCGAGGCGGAUGGGCGGUGAUCAGGCGGUGGUCGAGCUGCUCGCGAACCCCAAGUACAUGGCGUUGCUGCAAGAGAGGCGAAAGAGAUCCGGUAAUAAGGGAAGUUACGGGGUGAAACGCGACGGAUACGGAUACGAGGGAUACGAGAGGCUGCCUGACGAGGGACAACCGCCCGAAGAAUACGGAGGAUACGGCCCGGAGGAGCAUCCUGGCGGCGGCGAGUAUCCACCCUACGGUGGCUACCCGCAGUCGUCUGGCUCCGAUUCCGGAGGGAUUAUAAAGGGAUCCGGGAGCUUGAUAGGCGGGAUAGCCAAAGGUAUAAUCGGCGGUAUCGUCAGUGCAUCGGGCAGUGCAUCGAAAGGUUCGUCCUCGAUCUCAGCUUCGAGUGCUUCGGACGCGAGUUCCUCAUCGAGCUCGACUUCUUCGGGUAACCAGAACAAGCCAGAAUAUGGACAAGUUUAUUCGUACGGCGAUAAGGCGUUCGACGUUUGGGACUUCAAAAAGGCGAUCGUUAGCACAUUAAUGCAAGCGGUAAAAGCCAUAAGUGGCGGUGUGAUUGCUUUGAAAGGUCAGCUUAUCAAAGGAAGUGGUUACCUUGUUUCCUCGAAAGGCAAAAUGAUUGCUACAACAGGGGAUGCAAUCACGUCUUUGGGGCGUAAUAUCGCGAAGAAUGCUGCAUACCCUCCGCAACCUCCGCAUCCUGGUUAUGGUUACGGUCCUCCUCCGGAAGGUGGUCACCACGAAUCGUACGACGGACCACCGCCCGGUGUCGAGGAUUACAACGAGCCGAGCAACGAGUAUCAUGGAAACACAAAUUAUGAAUCGUCCUCAGACGUUGAUGAACACGCGGGCCUCCUGAUCGUGAAACAGACGAAACCGAACGAUCACGAUGACCAUUCCACGGACUUGGACUCUCAAAAACCUGCCCUGACGCACCUGGAGGAUAAUUACAAUGGCCCGCCGCCAGGAUUGGACGACAAACACGUUAAACACACCUUGGUGGGGAACAUAGAUAUCUAUGAAAAGCCUAACAACGGAAACGACGUUACGGAGACCCAUCAUCAUCUACACGAUCGUCCGCCAUCGAGCUACGACGUCCCGACUCAUCAUCACGCGGUGGAUGAUCACAAAGCGAUACACGACUAUCCGAUUUAUCCUCCCCUGGCUUCCGGUUUGCCACUGAGUCUCCAUGGCCCGUUAACGAUUCAGCAGAGCCUCGAAUAUCCACCGAUACACAUUCAGUACAAGUUUCCUGGUAAAGGAAGCUUCAAAUUGCCUCACGCGGACAACUCUAUGGACGUGUACUCGAGCUUCUCGAUCGACGUAGAACCCGACAUGAAUGCGUUCAAACUAUCCACGGGAAAUCACGGGCCUGGCCACGAGCUGCCAAAACUACCACCGCAUCCAAAUUUCCACGGUUUUCCGCCGAACCCCUUUCCCGGCGCCCCGGUGCAAGGACCUUUGAAGAUACCCCUGUUGAGUCCGUAUUUACCGCCCCAUUGGCCCAGUCAAGGAUUGCUUCAACCUAUCGCUGGUUUCGAUGCACACGGUGUCUAUCGAAGGAGGAACACUGCCCACAGAAGGAGAUCUGUAAACGACGUUGCACAGCGUAUGAGACGGCACCGAGUAUAAUUUAAAUUACUGACCGCAGUGGUCUAUUCUUAUGCGUUCUACCCCUCCGUGAGUGGAUUCAGAAAGUACAAGAGACACUGAAUUUGUAUAAAAAACGGAGAUUGCAG